AUGACCCCUUCGUCCUCAUCGGAUGGCGCCAUCCGAUGCACCUGCCGGGCGCUCGAGGACGAUGGCCGGAUGAUGAUCCAGUGUGAAAAGUGCAACACCUGGCAGCAUACCGAGUGCCUGGGCCUGUCGGAGCUGCGCAUCCCCGAGCGUUACUCCUGUCCCUUUUGCCUGGGCCUGGACACGGCCGAUGCACGGCUCAUCAUGCGUUUCUAUGCUUCGGCCGACGUGUCCGGCCGUGUGGGCCCACACGAAGAGAAGCCCGGCGCCGUGCCCGGUACGACGGUCGGUGCUUCGACAGGUGCCUCGGCGCCCGGGGCCUCAAGAAAGAAGAAGCAUUCAAGCUCGGUGACUUCGCCCGGGGCAUCGGCCAGCAUGCCGGGCACUUCACAGGCCCAGUCGGAGGGCGCGGCAGCGGCGGCCCUUGGCCGGGAGGAACGCAAAAUUGCCCACGCCAUUCAACGCAUCGAUCAGGCCGCGGCCGCGCUGGAGGCGGCCGCCGCGGCCGCUUCGACAGUGACCUCGCCGGUUUCUACGCGCCCGCCUUUCGGCCUCGGCUCGCCCCGGAGCCGGGCUAGUGAUGGGCCUUUGGCGAUCAACAGGUUCCCCGACCCCGCGGAAGACUCCAUCAUCGAUCAGCCAACUCCGAGUGAAGUUCAUCUCCUGCUGUCCGAGCGCCGGGGACUGGCUCGCAGCCGAAUUUCCCUCACCGGUUCCGGGGCGACUGCCCCAGUCGAUGAUUCGCCCUCGCCUUCUCCCCGAGGGGCGGCCACGCCGGCCGGUGGCGAUGCUCGCCGGGGCUCACUGGACCUUCCGGAUGAACGUCGGCCAGGUCUCAAGCCCGAGGCUGGUUUUGAUGCCACCCCGCGGCAUGGCAAGCCGCUGCCCGGCAGCGCAAUGCGGCGGCCCUCGCUGUCGGCUGGCAGCCGGUCACCGGCUGGAUCCCGGAUCCGCCGGAUGUCCACCGACGAGCGUCACCCGGGGGACCGGUCGCCGGCCGGUCGGCGUCCGGGCCCGAGCGGCCCCAUGUCCGAUGAUGAUCUGACCUGCGAAAGUGACCUGGAGCACAAUGCCUUCGAGUUGCUGUAUGACACCAAUCUUUCCUCCUCGCCGGGGUCGCUGUCUGUUGUCGGGUCUUCGCCGACGCCGGGGCCCAAUUUGUCGGGGCUUCCCUCUCUUGCGGCGGUUUUCUUCGAUUCCGACGAUGCCUUCGAGGCGCAGGCCUCCCUCGCACAGUCCCUCUACGAGGAGGCAGCCACCACCGGGACUGGCGAUGAGGGGGCCUUUUCUCGUCACUGGCAGGACUUCUUCGGAGCCAAUGUCCCGGAAUUGGUCUCGGCCUUGGAUCCAGGGGAGGCGCCGGAUGACGGGGCAGCCGGCAUGCCCGGGUCCAUCUCCUCCGAACCCGAAGACUCGGACCUCGGGCCGGCCGGCUUGGCUGGCGCCUCGGAAGAGGACCGGGCGUCAUUGCUUCUGUCUCCGGGUCGGCGGCCCGGGCGUCUGCAUCGCGUACAGCAGGCUGGCCGAGGCCGGCAUCGAUCCGCCUCAGGCAUCGGGGCAGGUGGAGCUAGCCCUGCGGAAAGUGCUCGCGCCACGGGAAGCGACGGCCUGGCCACGACGCCCCGGGCCCCGGGCGUGCUGACCAGCCUGGCCGGUGGCCGGGCGCCGACAGCCGAGGAUGGCAAUCUCAACAUCAUCGGGCUUGGCCGGGCCAGGCCGGUUGCCGACAUGGAGGCCGAUGGCGAGUCGGCCGAUGAGAGCGGCAACGACGCCACCGAUGACGAUGGCGAUGAUGAUGGCGAUGGCGAUGGCGAUUGCGCAGCGUGUGGGCUUGCUCACUUGUCGUCGGCCAUGGAUCUGCCCGAGCCCUUGGGUCAUCCCUGGCAAGUGACGGACGCCCUGGAGACGCUGUGUCAACUGGAGCUGACGGGGAUCUGUCCCUCGACGGUGGGCUCGCUUGGGGCCACCGGGCGGCCGAUCCUGAGUCAGGUAUUCGACUCCCCCUCGGCCAAGCGCCCUCGCUACGAUGGCUCGGUGGACUGUCCGCUGGAUGGCUUUUUGGACAUGCUGCCGCAGCCUCGGCGAAGCUUGGUUCUGGUGGCCGGCUCCGGCCCCGGGGCCCAGCGUAUGGUCCUUCCUUCGAGCGAAGUCCUGGGGCAUUUGGUAUGCGCCUGGCGCGGCCCCAUCGGUCACUGUCGAGACACCUUGCAGUUUGAGGAUCUCCUGCGGCUGGCGGUUCGGCUGUUGACCGGGGCAUUUGCAUGGGCCGCCGAGGUCGGUGUGCCCUGGAACUGGGGUCGUUGUCCUGGGUGCCAGACGCCCGGGAUCCUGCAGCUGGCUGGCGGCAUGGCGGCUUUGUCGGUGGUGGUCUUCCCGGAUUCCGGGGACCGGGACCCGGGGCCGAGCUGCUCAUUGCUCGGGGGCUGCGCUGCGGUCACGGCGCGAUUGUUGCUGGUCCGGGCGUUUGUCCAGUCCGAUGCCGGGGUCGACCCGGGGCCGGAUGUGGCGGCGGGCGUUGGCCGGAUGCCAGGGCGCUUCGGGCGAAAGGCUCUCCUGGAUCGUCUGUCGGGGGAUGGCAUGUCGCCGGUGAAGGCGGGGCGUUCCCUGGCGCCGGUGGCCCUGGCUGACAUGCGCCCGGAGGGGCGUCUGCUGUCCGGUGGCGAUCAUCUGGUGGAUCGGUUAUGCUCGGUCAUUCGCGCGGGCUCGGCCCUGUCGAGGGUGCCCUCGGCGGUAGCGGCCGCGGCAGCAUCGGAGGGGGAGGGGAGUUGGCGAGCCAGCUCGGCGGCGACCAGUUCAGCGGGCACCAUCCACGAGGAGCCCUCCACUCGCAAGCGCCAAGUGACCACCCUUUCCUUGCGGGAAUACAUGCGCAAACGGAAGGCCUGA